AUGUAUAAAGUUCUGUUAUUAUCGAUAUGCAUAUCAGUUUUGAUUCAAGGCACAAGUCAACAACAGUAUCAGCAUCGACGACAAUUAUCUCAGAGUAGUUCAACGAGUAUUCCAACCAGUAGUUACCAAGUAUAUUUGUCCGAUGUUUAUUUCAAUGGACAAAAAGUUGAAGGUCUUAGUGCAUCGUCAUUUAAAGAUUUGGGUUAUGGUUACGCAAAAGAUAUCACAGAUGUCUUUUUUAUGGGUAAACAAAUUAAGGGUGCAUCUGCAUCAUCGUUUAAAGUGUUACCCGGUGGAUGGUAUUCACAAGAUAUAAUGGACGUUUACUAUUGGGGUGAAAAAAUUGAGGGUGCUUCUCGUAGUUCAUUUAAAGUUUUAAAUGGUCAUUAUGCCAGAGAUAUUAUGGAUGUUUUCUAUGCUGGAAAGAAAGUACGAGGUGCGUCGGCCUCAUCGUUUCAAGCGCUGGGAGACGACUAUGCUAAAGAUAUUAUGGAUGUUUUCUAUGCUGGGACAGAAGUACAAGGAGCAUCAGCCUCAUCAUUUCAAGUACUGGGAGACGGCUAUGCCAAAGAUAUUAUGGAUGUUUUCUAUGCCGGAAAUAAAGUACAAGGAGCAUCAGCCUCAUCGUUUCAAGUAUUAGGCAAUGGUUAUGCUAAAGAUUUGUUGGACACUUAUUAUAUGGGAAAAAAAGCAUGA